UUGAAAACGAAAUCGUUUUGGAUUAAAUUGGAAGAAUCCGAGGAAGAGAAAUCUGAGGAAGAGACAGAAUCGGAAGAAGAAAGUGAAAGCGAAGAAGAGUCUUCGAGCGAGGAUGAAUCUCCAAAGUCAAAGAUAACCAAGGAGGAAGUGAUGGAGAUUGUCCGGCAAAGACUCGCUAAAAGGCGCGAGUCAGCAGAAGCCAAAAGAUCCACGGAUAACCUCCGAGCCCCUGUCAUUUGUGUUCUAGGACAUGUAGACACAGGAAAGACGAAAAUGCUAGACACAAUCCGUCGUACAAAUGUGCAGGAUGGCGAAGCUGGUGGUAUCACGCAGCAGAUUGGUGCUACCCAGGUCCCAGCCGAUGCUAUCAAAGAACGCUGUAAGCAAGUACGAGAUUUUACCCCUGAACUGGUUAAAAUACCCGGCUUCUUGAUUAUUGACACGCCUGGUCACGAAAGUUUUGCGUAUGUCCAUAUUUUUUCAGAUAAUUCAAUCUCCGUUCACGCGGCUCUUCGCUCUGUGAUUUUGCGAUUCUUGUUGUGGAUAUCAUUAUAUGAAACCACAUUUUUUCAAUCUGCAAUGCCCAAACUUAGUAUUGAUCGUCUCUACGGGUAUGAGUCAAAUCCACGCAAAGACGUUUAUCAACAUCUCAAAUCCCAACCACAAAACACACAGCUUGAGUUCAAAGAGCGUUAUGAGAAAAUUGUUGGCGAAUUCGCUGAACAGGCAGUCAAUGUAUGUCUAUCUAAUCAAAACAAGAAUGUGGAAGAGUAUGUAAGUAUGGUCCCAACAUCCGCUUAUUUGGGAGACGGAAUAGGAAAUCUAAUGGCUUACAUUGUUGCGACCACUCAAAAAUAUCAUGCUGAAAAAUUAUCAUUCUGUGAAGAACUUGAUGCAACUGUGAUGGAAGUGAAGUCUAUUCCUGGGCUUGGUACAACAAUCGAUGUGAUUCUAGUCAAUGGACGUUUGAGGGUUGGAGACAUCAUAGUGAUUACGGGCACCGAUGGCGCUAUAAUGACACCAAUACGCGAACUUCUGAUGCCACAGCCGUUAAAAGAACUUCGCGUGAAGAACGAUUACGGACAUUACAAGGAAGUACGUGGCGCCCAAGGCGUCAAGGUGUUGGCCAAAGGUCUUGAGAAGGCUUUAGCAGGUCUGCCACUUAUGAUUGCUCAUAAGGAGGACGAGAUCGACUUUUUGAAACUGGAAGCAGAAGCGCAACUGAGUAGAGCGCUCAUGUCAAUCAAGAGGAAGGCCGAGGGCGUAUAUGUUCAGGCCAGUACACUAGGCUCCUUGGAAGCUUUGUUGGAACUCGAAUGGGUCUCGCCCAUCUCGAUACUGCCAUUACUCAAAUGUCAACAUUGGUCCAUCGAACGAGAUGCACAACUUUUCGCGGAUCAGGAAAAGGUGAAGAUCUUCCAGGCGGAUAUCAUCUAUCACUUGGAAGAUAAUUUUCUCAAGUACAGAGAAGAAUUACGAUUGAAAGCACGAAGAGAGAAUGAACAUCUGGCAAUAUUCCCGUGUAAGCUGCGUAUUCUUCCUCAGCACGUGUUUAACGCCAGAAAUCCUAUUGUUUGUGGUGUUACCGUUGAGGCGGGUCAGCUUAAGCGAGGCACUCCUAUCUGUGUACCUAGCAAGGACUGUAUCUUCUUGGGAGCUAUCGCUUCAAUUGAAAGGAACCAUGAGGAAGUGCUUCUUGCCAGAACAGGUGAUGAGGUGGGCACUGGAUGUCUUCUCCUUCCUAUGUAUAUAUAUAUUAUAUAUAUAUAUAUAUAUAUAUAUAUAUAUAUCUUUAUUGAGCGCCUU